GUACCCGCAUCAUCUACGACCGCAAGUUCCUGCUGGAGUGCAAGAAUUCACCCGUGGCCAGGACCCCUCCCUGCUGCCUGCCCCAGAUCCCCGGUGUCACAUCCCUGGCCCAGUCCAGCCCCGCCAAGCUGGAGGAGCCCAAGGAGCAGAAUGAGAGCGAAGAAGCCAUGCCAGAUCAAGACCAGUUUGAGAUGGACAUCUGA